GACUUUGGUCAGGAGCGGAACCCUUGGAGGAUCGACCCCAGCACAGGCGAACUGCCAUGGGAAGAAUUACCAACAACAGAGGUUAACCUAGAGAAUCGGUUAUACUGCCGCUUAUUUGAAUUAUGUCAGCAAAGCCAAACCCGUAAUCAGAUUCCAAAUCAGCCACAGAUCGAUCUUAUUGAGCCAUUUGAAGCCGACCAACUAGAUUCUGAUAAAGUUUGGCAACCAAAGAUCACUAAGGAUGAGGAGUCAUUUCUGCUUCGCAGUGUCCUAAUCAAGGUCAAUGGCAAAUAUCGAGAAGGGCACGGUAUACUUCAUAUGGUAUACUUCCCGCAUAAGUCAGAACGCGUACGUGUUGCAGAAGAUGAGGAGUAUAGACUGUCAUCUGGUAAUGGCUCAGAAACGUCAAGCGAGUUAAGUGAGGAAGACAAUGCAGUCACACAGUAUCGGCGACAGUGGCCACGUAUGACAAUGCAUGACCUAAACCAGUCAAUGGCCGAGAUGGGGUUUGAGCUGCGCAAGUCGCACACAACAGGACCUGAUGCUAAAAUGAGCAAGGAGACUGAGUUACGAACAUAA